AUGUCUGCGAGGAGAUUGAAAAGAGAUUUUGUGGAUAUACCAGAUGAGGAGGAAGUAAGAAGUCCUGAACAGCAAGAAGAAGAUGAGCGGAGGCGGCAACUUGAGGGCAGCAUGUCAUCGAUUGACCAGUUAGAAGACUUUGAAACAUACAACAUCGAAGAUCUAAUUUAUCGUGAGUAUGAGCCAGUUGUCCUUCUGGAUUCUUCAAAUUACGAGAGAUUUGACAGACUUGGCCGGUUUACUUGGAAAACAGGCAGACCCUCCCACUGGAUUUCAUUUCUGCAUAGCUUGAGAUGUGUCUUUGAAACAACUGUCGUGUCUGGCAUCCUCAUUGGCCUGUUGCUUACAUUGGUGGUUUUUUUAGACGUAAACUUGUCGGACCUUUGCUCAGGUCUUAAUUUUGCCAACGUCCAUAUUCCUGUUUACAUCAUUAAAAUACGCAUAGUAUCUGAUAUGAUAUCUUCAGUUACAAUACAGUUCUGGCAUCUGAUAACCCUGCUGCUAAUAUUUAAAUGGUCUCUUAUAAAAGAUAGUAAUAUUAUCAGCUGGAACAUCCUUGCUGGUCUUCUAACUGGCAUGUAUAAACUCUUUAUGGAAUGUUUUACGGAGAGGAUGUAUUUUGGAAAAGCUUUCCAUCAUAUGGAAUUUUCACAAUUAUUGCUACUUUCAACUCUGAAGAUUUCUACUGCCUUAAUGAACAUAAUAACACAUGGAAAUCAAUGGUUGGUUGUAUUGCAGCUUAUGGCUCAGUUUGUCAUAGGUUUACCAGUGGCCAUUGUUUUCAUGCUGUGGAUAAAUCCAGCAUUCAAGAAUAUGGGUGAGAUUGAAAAAAUUGCAUUUGCUAGCUUUGUUCCAAUCUUGAUAGUCAUUCCCAAAAUGAUUGUGAGAAAAACGGUUGAAUCAUUAGGCAAAGUGAACCAUCCAGGCACCUCAAUUUACCUUCUUACAGCAAUGUAUACAGGUAUUUCUCUGCUGUAUAGGACUCUCCAAGUUCAAGUUGAUGAAAUCGUUGGCUAUGCAUUUCUCUCUAUCAUAUUUGGAAUUCUUUGCACAUUGGAACGAGCAACAGUUCCUUACUUAGAUUUCCUUUUACACAAGUUUUUAAAUGGCAAGAUUCAAAGCAUGACAGAGUUCAUGACACCACGAAGGAACAGACUAAUGUCAGACCUGACGCUUAUCAAUAUGAUAACUGAACCUGCCAUGAUUAUAAUUAGCUGCGCUACAAUGGCAGUGCUACAAUACCUAUAUGAUGCUGAUCAGAAUGGCAUUAGAAGUGACUUAAACGUUCUAUGCAAAACAGCUACCAAACGAAUAGCAGCUGCCAUGGCCAUCGAAGUUUUCUUUAAUGUGCUUUCCUUGAAAAUUGAGUCAUACUAUUUCAAUAUGGCAGUCAUGAGAGUGUGGAAGAAGAAAAGAAUUUGGAUCCUUUUCACACUGACAUUAAGUGCAGUUAUAUCGAUCAUGUGCUUUUCACAUGUGAUUUAUGAAGCCAUGAGACCAAACAGUCUUGUCAAUGGAACAUUGGUUUGUUCAAAACCAUUUGGUAGACCCAGUAUUAUAAUGAAAAAAACAAUUUGAAUGACUUCAGGAAAAUAUUUGGUAACCUUAGCUUAAUGUUUGUCCAAAAGUUCUAUUAGCAAACUUCUAUUAAAUAAUUAUGUAUGCAAUACAAAAUGUUUUCUAACUUUGAUUACACUGCAUUGAGAACAAAACUGUAAUUUGCAGCUUAUGUUUUGUCAAAUUUUGUCCAGAUAAUCAGGUAAGUUUCAGACCUCCAAUAACUUUUAGACCACAGUUAAAGUAUGUACAAAUAGAUUUUUCCUAGCAAUUUUAUAAAAUAUUUGAUUUAGAGCUGUAGACAGAAAUUCCAGUAAUAUUGAUAAAUGAGCUUAAGACUAGAUCAAAGUAAUGUGAUGUUUGAUACACAUUUAUGAAAUAAUGUCUUGUACAUCUUUGCUUGUCAUUAAAUCUUUGUAGCCUAAAUUAGGGGUUUAUUGCAAGGAAAAGAAAGAACAGGUCAUCACAAAAAAUUUCUUAAAACUGACUUAGAUAAAAAAUUGCAACUUUUGGAGUUAGUAAGGAGGAUUAGCCCUUCUUCUGACAUCCUAAUCUAGGUCU